AUGGGAACUACCCCCCAGACCACUUCCACCCACACCACCACCACCCUCCUCCACACCUCCACCAGCAGGGACCCAGGCCUGUGUGAGCCCAGGAACCUCCGCCGCCGGCCCAGGGGCAGGGAGGACGAGGUGAUGGGCGGGCCAGGGCGGGGCGGGCCACCUCAGAGGGGCAACGGACCGCCCCACCAGCCCCCAGGAGGCACGGAUGCAGCCAAGCAGGGCCCCCCACACCGCAGGAAGGCACCCCAGCUCCCCCUCCACCUCCUCCACACCUCGCCCCCCUCCCUCGGCGACGCCCCCUCUGACACCCCACCUACCCCCACCAGUGCCACCGCCACCCAGACACCCCCAACCACCACCGUCACCCCCACCAGUGCCACUGCAGUCCCCACUGUUCCACAGGUCACUCCAACUACCACUGCUGCAGCUACCACGGCACCUAGUCAGCCCACCACCUCCACCUCCACCACCACCAACACCACGCCACCCACAACCACCACCACCACCACCAGCACGCAGGCCCCACCCACCGCCCCGAGCACCACCACCACCACAGACGACCACAACCACCACCACCAACCACCGUCGACAACCACCACUGCCCCGACGCCCACCCCUGCCCCCGCCCCCAAGCCAGACCCCAGGCCAGCCCCGCGGGACCAAAGACCAAUAGAGCGUAGGCCUGUCGGGGCGGGGGCCGGGGCCAACAAUGGAGCAGCAAACGGGCCGAGAGAGAGGCGCGAAUUUCCGAGAGAAUAUCCACAGAGGGGCCAGGUGGGGCGAGAAUUUCGGGGUAACAGAGAUCCUGCGCUCCGGACAGGCAAGGAGAACCGCCCGCUCCGCCCCAGGGAGGAGAAGAUGGAUGCAGAUGGAUGGAUCACUAAGGGGCCACAAAAGGGAGAGAGCAAGCUGGCCGAGGAGUGUGCGGAGGCAGCCAAAGGAGUCCCUGCCAGACCUCUCAACAACAAUGAUGGAGAGCACAAGACGACCUGGGCCAAGAUGGCACUGGCCUCCAAGGACCACAUGGAGAGACUGGCGGCAGAGCUAAAGGAGAAGGAGGAGCAGGAGAAGAUCAAGAAGCAGCGCCUCGCCACGCGGCCACAGCCCCGGCCUCAGGAGAAGGUGGUGACGCCCCGUGAGCGUGACGGCAAGAUGGUUCGCCGCGACGCCUUGCCCCGGGACCCCCGUGGGCUGCCUGGGGAGCGGGGCGGCCCCAUCCCCUUCCGGCCGAGGGACGCCGCCACGCCCAAGUCCCCCAAGUGA